AUGCAGGCUUCCACGAGUGCCCACGAGGCUGGCGGGCAUGCGACGCGGAGAGGUCAUGCCGCCCAUCUAUCGAUUAGUGAUCCAAGCCACCAUGUGACGGAAGCCAUCGGACAUAUGUACGACGACGACUACGAUCGUGAUGAUCCGAGACGCCUGAGUUAUAUAACAAAUCCCCUCGGCGAGUCAAUAACAACCAUCCCGCGCGGCGCCGCAGGAUCCGAGUCCCCUCUUUCUCCGUCCUCGCCACUGCAUCAAUCCUCAUCUGAUGUGCAAACGAUACAGACAAAUGGAAACCAACGACCGCCACUUGUUGCAAAUCUGUCUUUUGACAGGGAGAGUGAUCCGGGGAAUGCCGAUCGUACUCGAUUGCCCUCGGACACUGCAACAUCCUCUUUUCCUCUCAACGACAUCGACUACGAAUCCAACCCCGCGGCCAUCACUCAGGAGCUGAACAAUCUCGCCGCGAUUCGGCGCAUGUCGAUGGAUGUAGCCGCCGCCGGUGACCCUGACCUCCCAGGCUUCGCACCACCCCCCUCGCCCUCGGCCGACGAAGAUGACGCCUCCCGGUUAUUCUGGGUUCCUGCGCGACUGCACCCUGAACUGGCUCCGAAAGAAUUCAAGUCGUUUCUCGAUAGCAAGGCCGACCAUAUCAAGCGCAGAUCCGGCGAUUAUUCGACUUUAGGUUCUGAACGCCAAGGGUCGGGAGGUGGUCUUAAUCGCAAACGCUCUAUGUUGUCGAGACAAAUCGACAAUUCGUCAGGUUAUACAGAUGGUGCGGAUCGGUUGGAACAUAAGCGCUCUCAAUCAAGUAAGCGAGAUGGCGUCUUGAGUCCCAACUUGCAGCAAUUGGAAAGUUUGGUGGAUGAUUCGCAACCGGUGGACAAAGAAUCACUCGUGCGCGGCAUACAGAAUAUCGGCAUUGCUGGAAACGAGGACAGGCCGAUCCUGCCACCCGCACCUCCGGGAAACAGCCUACGCCGGUCAACCCGGACACAAUAUAUCAAAGCGGGGAGUUUGAAAAAGGGCGAAAAGUUGCCCUACUCUAAACGAGUUGGACGGGGGGCAUCUGAAUCUGCAGGGAGUGAUACAGGACCUCCGGUUGUUCUAGCACCUCAAGAUCCCGCAAUUCUGGGGCUCACCGCCAGUGUCUCGACUGAUCCUACCCCGAAAACAACGCGAGCGGCUCGGGCCACCUCUGCAUCAUCGCAUGGCUCAGCUUAUGCCCCAAGUUCAACCGCGAGUUCGACAUUCGAUCCGAUUAUCGAUCAGCCUGAGGCCGAGCAGGAAGGCUUGUCCACCUCUGGUGGGCAACCGGAUGCUGCUCUGGAUCGAUCCGAUUCAGGAGAUCCGACCAAUUCACGAAAAUGGCAUUCUCGUAUCAGCUCGAAUGGCCGAUCUACCUUGAACAUAGCCCCAGGCGAGCAGAAGAUCCCUGCAAUAAUUGAAACACCUCCCGCCACCGAAUCCACCCGCAUACCAAGUCCGCCUUCACAAAGUAGGCGGUCAUCGGAUCGCGCCGCGGCAUCUAUACCAUCGUCGAAACCCACGUCUUCGCACGACCCGGCACCAAAACGUCCCAAGAAUCCUCGGCAACCUCCCCACGAGCCCGCCUCUUCACUCAAUGACUUUGCCAAUAACCCUCAGAUGAUACCUGGCAACAGUACCCGCACUGACAGUCUUUCAUUCAUCCCUACCAUCUCAGAAGAACGCAAACCUGAAGAACGAAAAUCCGAGAGCAAGAAAUCAAAAGACAAGAAGGACUCUGAGGGUAGCCGCAAGUCUAGUUGGCACUGGUUGUUAGGCAGUGAAGAAAAAGAUAAGAAGAAAGACAAGGACGGCGACUCGAAAAAGACCAAAUCAAAGAUUGUUGAAAAACCCCACGACAACACACGUCUAGACGUUUUGCAAUCAUCUAUCGAGAGCACUCCGCGGGGACGCGAAAGUCUUGUCUUGGACCGCCUUGAUCCGAAGCUCGAGGAAGAACGACGCAAAGACGGCGUGAGGAGGGCAUCGGGAGACUCAAAGAAAGAAAAGGAUGGCAUUUUCUCUUCAAUCUUUGGCGGUGGACGAAAGAAGCACAGUAAUGAAGGCCACCACCGCAAACAUUCGUCACGAAACCUUUCUCCUGAUCCCCCAAUGCGAGUACUUCGCGCCGAUCUCGAUUAUCCGUGGUCUCGCUUCUCAAUUUUGGAGGAGCGUGCUAUUUACCGGAUGGCGCAUAUCAAGCUUGCGAAUCCCCGACGAGCUCUAUACUCUCAAGUAUUGCUAAGCAACUUCAUGUACUCAUACCUGGCCAAGGUACAACAGAUGCACCCGCAGAUGCCGGUUGCUUCAUCUAGAUCAUCCCAGAGAUCAUCCAAAUCAAGAGAUCAGCCAGAUGAGUAUCUGCAAUAUCAGCGAUACCAAGAGUCUCAGGAGCAACAACAACAUUACGGAGACAGUGCAUAUGACGACUCUUCCAUGUACGACUAUGAUGACGAUCCGCAUGAUCGCUACGGUGCCCAUUCGAGGAGCGACAAGCAAGGCUAUGAAAAUGGCCAAGCUUACGGCCCAGGCCACCAGCAGUACGGACACUCGUCCUUUGGCGACGACGUCCAACUCGAUGACGACGAUGACGAUGAUAUGUGGUGA